AUGGCGUUUUUAAAGAAGAUUACACUUUUUUGCGUUUUAUUUCCCGUUCUUUACGUCGUGUUUUCUCAAGUAGUGGCGAAUGCCGAGUGUUUUUAUGACUCGGACUGUUUUGGCUAUUGCUGCGACAGAAAAUAUCCUGAAGACAACGUAUGUCGAUUCAGUUGCAUUGGCGAGUCUUGCAUCGUUAACAGCGACUGUGCUUCUGGAGAAUGCUGUAAUUCUGAUGAUAAAUGUGCCACAGAUUGCGAUGUCGUGAUUGAAGGUCUAGCUGCUUGGGUUAUUGCAGUAAUUGUUAUCGGUGUUAUUGUCGUUAUUGUCAUACCCAUUGCAGUUGUUGUGUUUUGCUGUUGCUGUGCUGCGGCAGCCUCAACACGUUCUGCUCAUGGAGGUGUGAUCGUGUCACAACCUGCAACCACAGGAACAACAGUCUUUUCAACCCAACAACAACAACAAUAUCCUGUACAACAAGGACAACCAAUGGUUUAUUUCCCAAACCCUCAACCAUAUCCAAAUCAACCCUCACAAUAUCAACCCGAAGGUAUGGUGUAUAAUCCACCAGGGACACGCGCUGCUCCGCCAAUAGCCACCACGUACUGA